CAUAAAUAAUUCUUUUGUCCAUUGCCUUUAAGCAAAUUUCGACUUUUAUUUUGAUUUUGGAAAUAAAUUCACUAAAAUGAUUAUAGUGUUUUGAAAUAUCUAAAAUUAAUUUGUGUAAAAUAUUCUUAGGAAAAUAACGAUUUAUAUUCUGUGCAAACAAUUUGUAUUGAUAAGGGGAACUACUAAAUUUAAUUUGUUAUAAAUAGUUGCAAUAUCGAAAUUUCGACUUAGAAUAAUGUUUAAAGUUGCAAAAGCUUGCUCACAACAUAUAAAUCGUUGUAUAUUUGAUUGGAAAAAUGUAUCUUCUUCAACUUCAAGCUUCAAGAGUUUUAUUAUUAAGGACCAUUAUGAAUUUGACCAAAAGGUAGUAAAUAGUGAAAAUCCAGUAAUCGUCAAUUUUCAUGCAGAAUGGUGUGAUCCUUGUAAAAUUCUUACUCCAAAAAUGAGUGAAUUACUAGAAGGUUCCAAUGAAAUUGAUCUUGCUAUUGUUGAUGUCGAAUCUAACCUGGAUCUUGUUGAAACUUUUGAAGUGAAAGCAGUGCCCGCUGUUUUGGCAUUUAAGAAUGGGGUUGUUGUCGACAAAUUUAUAGGUUUAGUUGACGGUGAUAUAAUUACAAAUUUGAUAAAUAAAUUGAAAAAGAAAAAAUAAAUGGAGAUUAGUAAGCAAGCUGUAAUUUUUAAUGAAAUUAAAGAUAAAAUUUUGUUUCGGUUUGUUGAGACUUGUGCUAUUAUAUUGUAACAUCCAAUUUUUUUGAAGAAGAAGAAGAAGAAAAAAAAUUUAUAUUAAUGGUAAAAAUUAUACACGUAUUAGGUACUAAAGUAUAUUUUCAUAAUUUGAAUUACAACUUGAUAGUGCUAAGAAAAUAAUAAAAUUUUGUAUAAAUUAAAUUUUUU